GCGCCAUCUUGCUCGAGCGCCGGGCCGCGCUCGCCGGACGCCGCUCGCUCCCGGCCCCGCCGCGCCCCCCGCGCCUUGGGAAGAGCCCGGCGUGCGGCACGGAGGAUGCGGACGGGCGGAGCCGCUGCCGCAGCGUCGCGCCGUCCCCGGGGGGCGGGUGCUGGCCGGCCCCGGCGGGCAGGGCGGCCCCGCCGAGGAUGAGCGCGGGCUGCGGGCGGGAACCCCCGCGGAAGAAAGCCCGGUCCGGCCCCGGCAGCCCCGGCGGCGGCUCCCAGGGAGAGCGGCAGGAGGGGCCCGGGGGCAGCAGCUCCGCCACCGCCGUGGGGAACAAAGUUUGUAAACAGCAGACAAUUACCAGUUGGUUGGAGAAUAAAGGACCCAAGACAACGGAGUCCAAAAGCUUGCACAGCAAAAUUAAUAACAGUACUGAAGCAAAUCCUAAGAUGACUUCCGUUAAAAAAGAGAACUUUUGUGAGAAUGAUGUGAAAAAGUUGGAGAAUACUUGUCAGCAAAAUAAUGCAAAAAUAUCUGUGGAAGUUGGUGCAAAGCAAGUAAAUUUGCCUCAGACAGGCAGCAUGUGUAGCUGGGAGGCUGAGGAAAAAGAUGCAGUCUUAGAUACAGAUCCUGUGAAGGGGCUGCAGUCUGCAGAGCUCUUUAAAAAUGCCAACAUUGAUCAGAUGCACAAAACUGGCAAGCAGAGGGGCUCUGAAGAAAGCAGUGCGACUUGGACUCAGAGGAAGGUGUCAGCAGGCCGGGCUUCAAAAGCAGGAAAUUCCAAACCUUCAAAAGACAUGGAGGCAGAUGGACAGGUGGCUUCAUGCAAUCCACAGAAGCUGAAGAGUUGCAAUUCUGUCUGUUCAACGGGUGAGCAAGAGGAGGGGGAUGUAGUUCCAGAAAGUCCACUUUCAGAUGCUGGUUGUGAUGCCUGUAUAUCUGAUCUUGGAGGUCCUGGGAAACUGAGCAAAUGUCAGAGCAGUUCAGGGGACUCACCUGCUUUUGAGAAAGAAAGUGAACCAGAGUCACCAAUGGAUGUGGACAAUUCUAAAAAUAGCUGCCACGGGUCAGAGGCGGAUGAAGAAACAAGUCCCUUUCUGGAUGAACGAGAGGAGAUUAAUAUGUCAAAACCCAUAAACAAAUCUUUUAGAAUUCAAUAUGGGGAUGCUGAAUUGGAGUCAAGGAAAUCACGUUUUUCUGCCAAGGGCUGUGAAAGCUUUGAGGAAGUAGAUAAUUCUGUUAAAGAGGACACUCUGCAUACAAAGGCACCUGGGAUCUCCUCUGUUCCAUCAUCAGAAUGCAAAGGUGCAAAACAGGGUGUGAAGAGAGACUCCAAAAUCACUUCUCAUUUCAUGAGGAUACCGAAAGUUGAGGAGAAAAGCAGGAAAGAAAAGUGUGAAUUCAAACCCCAGAGGCCAGGAAGGAAGAUUGCUAAAUACACACCACCUCCUCUGCCGAGCAACAAGAAAUGGUUUGGAACCCCGAUUGAGGAGAUGAGGAGGAUGCCGGCGUGUGGGGCCCGGCUGCCCCACCUGCGACCUUCGGCCACCCACACCGUCACCGUCAGGGUAGAUCUUCUGAGGGAAGGAGAGGUACCUAAACCUUUUCCAACUCACUACAAAGAUCUGUGGGACAACAAGCAUGUUAAAAUGCCCUGCUCAGAACAAAAUUUAUACCCUGUAGAGGAUGAGAAUGGAGAUAGAACGGCUGGAAGUCGAUGGGAACUAAUCCAAACUGCUUUACUUAACAAAUUUACCUGCUCACAUGAUUUGAAGGAGGCCAUAUUGAGGUACAAUGUUGCUUAUUCCAAGAAAUGGGACUUCACAGCUCUUGCUGACUUCUGUGAGAAGGUUCUUGAAGAUGCAGAGGCUCAACAUCUGUUCCAGUCCAUUCUUCCUGAUAUGGUCAAGCUGGCACUGUGUCUCCCCAGUAUCUGCACCCAGCCAAUACCUCUGCUGAAACAAAAGAUGAAUCACUCCAUCACCAUGUCCCAGGAGCAGAUCUCCAGCUUUCUGGCCAAUGCUUUCUUCUGUACUUUUCCACGUCGCAAUGCGAAGAUGAAGUCUGAGUAUUCCAGUUAUCCAGACAUUAACUUCAACAGGUUGUUUGAAGGGAGGUCACCAAGAAAGCCUGAGAAACUUAAGACCCUUUUCUGCUAUUUUAGAAGAGUCACAGAAAAAAAACCUACGGGAUUGGUGACGUUCACAAGGCAGUGUCUCCAGGAGUUUCCAGACUGGGAGAGAUCUCAGAAAAAAUUAUCUAGAUUGCAUGUCACCUAUGAAGGCACCAUUGAAAGCAAUGGACAAGGUAUGCUGCAGGUUGACUUUGCAAACCGUUUUGUCGGAGGGGGUGUGACCGGGGCAGGACUGGUACAAGAAGAAAUUCGGUUUUUAAUCAAUCCAGAACUGAUUGUAUCAAGGCUCAUCACUGAAGUCUUGGAUCACAAUGAAUGUCUUAUCAUCACAGGUACUGAGCAGUACAGUGAGUACACAGGCUAUGCAGAGACUUACCGCUGGGCAAGGAGCCAUGAAGAUAAGACCCCUAGGGAUGAAUGGCAACGGCGCUACACUGAAAUUGUUGCUAUAGAUGCAUUUCACUUCAGACGUUUCCUUGAUCAAUUUGGUCCUGAUAAAAUUAGAAGAGAGCUCAACAAGGCCUACUGUGGCUUCUCUCGACCCAACGUUCCGCCUCAGCAUCUCUCUGCAAUAGCCACAGGAAACUGGGGAUGUGGUGCCUUUGGAGGGGACUCCCGAUUAAAAGCCUUAAUUCAGAUACUGGCAGCUGCAGAGGCUGGACGUGAUAUUGUGUACUUUACCUUUGGAGAUGUGGAGCUGAUGCGGGACAUUUACAGCAUGCAUACUUUUCUCUGUGAGAAGGGCCAAACUAUUGGGGACAUUUAUAGGCUGUUGCUGAGAUACUACAAUGAACAAUGCAGAAACUGUUCUACUUCAGGACCAGAUGUCAAGCUGUACUCUUUCAUAUACAACACCCUUGAGUCCUAUGCACAUUCUACUGAUGAUGAGGAGGAGGAUGAAGAAAAAGGGUUGUGUUUUGAAGAUUAAAGUAAAUGUAUUUGAUCAGAAUAAUGUUUAUCUCCUCCCACUGGUAUAUUGUGUGAAUUGCUGGACAUAAUGAAUGAGCUGGCUUAAUUUAUAUUGACUGCAUUGGUAGUUAUGUAUAACACCCAAACAAAAAUCCCC